AUGUGCACGGUGGGCCUGAGCAUUGUCAUCUUGAAACACAAAACCGUCGACCAGCGCAGCGAGCAAAUGGGACAACAAUCGGUGCCAGCACCACCAUCAGUGCCAGCAUUCGACACCGGUAACGUGAAGGUGAGCGACACACCGCCCAAGUGUAUCAAGCCGCUGACGGUCAAUGAAACCGACGGCGACGCCUACCUGUGUGACCUUGAAACGGCGCAAGCAGAGUUCACGGUCCAGAAACUAGCCGCAGAUCCAGAGUUUUGCCUGUAUUACACUAGCGGUACCUUGACGCCUCCUCAAUAUGACCUGAGUGUGUCGUGUACGGACAAGGAAGGGAAAGGAAAUAUCGGUGUAAUACGUGUUUACGUGGAACCCAAUCAGCCGCCAGUCGUCGCAGGCAGCCCGUCACUGACCGCUACACUGGACGUUUCUACCUACACCACGGGGACGCCAGUGUUCACGAUUCUAGCGACAGACGCUGACAACGACGCCAUCACGUUUACGACAACCACCGGAGAUCCUAAUUUCACUGUCGAUCCAAACACAGGCGAGAUCUUCCCAUCGGCCGACCCGAGGUCGAUGACGGCGACAUCUGCAACGUUGACCGUUGAGGUGUCCGACAACGUCGCUGGACAUACCCCUGUAACCGCCAACAUCGUGAUCAACCUUCAAAAUUUAAACGUCGUACCAGUCUUGCGUAAUUUCGCAGCUUUGUCGCCAGGAGUGACGAUCCCAGAAGACCAGGGGCCAGGCGAUUUGUUUACACUGGACGUUGACGACAGCCUGGCAGUGCCAAAGGUCACUAUAUCCGGAACAGUCAAUCCUGCUUCCGAAACAUCCAUGUUUGAAUUUAACGACGCUGGCCCGUAUUCAGUGAAGCUGGCUGCGGGUAAGAAAUUUGAUGCCAAGGUGCGGACCUCGUACAAUGUCACGGUGACCCUGUUUGACGGAUUCCUGUCAAGUCCCCCGUACACCAUACCAAUAACUAUCCAGGACGUGAAUGACCCCCCUGUGUUUUCCCAGCCCACGUAUGCCGUGGCGGUAAACGAGGGAGGUGCGAACACGCGGACCUUCACCCCGCCAGGAUUUGCAACCACAGACGCGGAAAGCGAUACCGUGACCUACUCCAUAGGAACGGCAUCCCAGAGUUCCAUGUUCAGCGUCGACCCGUCGACCGGUGCCCUGACCAACAUAGUGGCGUUGGACUACGAGGACGCGACGACGCCGAAACCCGUCCGGGCCGAGGUGUGCGCCAGUGACGGGAAGGGCGGCCAGGCGUGUGCCCUGGUGGACAUCACACUGAAGGACAUCAAUGACAACAAGCCACAAUUUGCCGCCGGCACGUACACACACAAAGUGUCGUUGACUACCCCCGCAUCUACUCAGUUCCAGCAACUGGUGGCCACGGAUAAAGACUCGAACGAAAACGCCGACAUAGUGUACUCUCUAGAUCCAAGUUGUGUCGCAUCUGGUCUGUUCGCCAUUGUUGGGGACUUCAUUACGUUAGCACAAACAAUAAACGUGCUGUACGGUACACCGCUUUCCUGCGACGUCCUGGCAACCGACAAGGGAGUCGACCCUGGCCCACUGUCGGAUACGCAGACGAUUUCAUUCAUAUGGAACGAGCGUCCGAUUAUCAGUGGCCCGGAUGUAACGAAGUCGAUAUCACAGAACACGGCGGCGGGCACGUUCGUCCACACACUGGCUGUCACCGACGCCGAGGGCGACGUCUACGGGUGUAUUGUCGCGAGCUCAACGCCCCCAUCGGCGCCCUUCUCAGCCGCCAUUGAAACUGGCACCACGUAUGGGAUCAAGUUUGACGGCGGAACUCUUGAUAGCACGUCUGUUGCAAGCUACAAACUGACAGUGGACUGCAGCGACGGGAACGGGGGGAAAGACUCGAAAUUCAUCACUCUGAACAUAGAGCCGAAUAAAGCACCUUCAUCGUCCUGCACCCCGUCAGCUGGAGUGACACUGGAUGUCAGUACACCGAUCCCAGCCAACACCGCCGUGUACGACUUCCGUGUCACAGACCCCGACAACGACCCCAUCACCAUCACCAUCACAGAAACUCCGUCAACAGGGAUGUUCGUAGUUAAUACAGGCACACAGAAGUUGGAGGUAACGAAGGAUCUACGGACUGAAACCCAGUCAUCGUAUACCCUGAAUGUGAAUAUCAACGACGGCAAAAACCUUCCUGUGACAUGCGUAUUAACAAUAUCAAUAACAAAUCUGAACAUGGCGCCAGUCAUAGCCAAUGCUGGGCAGACUGUGUCGUGGUCAGAAAACACAGCUGUGGGAACUGUUCUGUUUCCGACCGAUGUCCAGGACACUGACCCAACUACGGUGACCAUGUCUGUGACACCAACUUCCGGUUCUAGUUUCUUCGAGAUUGAUCCUGCUAGUAAGCUGAAUUCAUGA